AUGUUGGGUAAGACAAAGCAGGCUCUAAGUCCAUCACCGACCCAAUCGGGUGGUGGUGGUGGUGGUGGUGGUGGUGGAAAGGAGAAAGAUGGUGUCGCCGUGACUGAACAACCGAUCGACUAUACAAACUUGCCAGAAGGCAAAGGAGCAGAAUACCAAUCGAAAGCGGAUGAACUCGCUGGAUCGGUCGAAUCGGAUUCUAUCCCUGGAUCCAGAAGUUUUAUCGAACUCUCCCUGUACGAGAAGAAAUCCGUCUUGAUCAAUCGAGAACUCGAUGCGAUGGGCAUGGGAAGGUACCAGUGGUGUAUCUUUUUUCUCUGUGGAUUCGGUUAUUUCCUCGAUCUGUGCUGGGCUCAAGCGGGUGGUCUCGUCGGAUCAGCCAUCAUACAAGAACUUGACGUCGAUGAUAAUCACGUCGGUGACUUGUCCACAGCCUUCAACGUAGGGCUCACGGUCGGGGCUUUCACUUGGGGUCUACUCGUCGAUAUCGUCGGAAGACGAUGGUGUUUCAACAUUACCUGUCUCAUCGCUUCCAUCUUUGGAUUCCUCUUUGCCGCUCCGUCAAACUACGCCGCCAUCUGCUUCUUCUACUGUAUGAUCGGUUUCGGAGUCGGUGGAAACAUUCCCAUCGACGCUACCAUCACAUUGGAGUUUCUGCCCAAAAACAGACGGUUCCUGCUCGCUGCAUUGUCAACUUUCCAACCUAUCGGCGUGGUCGUCGCCUCCGUCAUCUCUUACGGUCUGAUUCCGAAAUAUUCUUGCCCUUGUCUGCCUUCAGACCCCCCCGCGUGCUGUCAUCGAUCUAACAACAUGGGAUGGCGAUACACCAUGAUCACCCUCGGCGCCAUCACCUUGUUCAUCUUUGCGCUCCGAUUCGUCGCUUUCCACUUUAGAGAAUCACCCAAAUUCCUCUUAUCCAAGGGUCACGAUGCGCAUGCUUUGGAUAUCCUCUACAGCGUUGCCAAAUUUAACAAGGUUCCUCCCCCGAGGUUGACAUUGGAAGAUUUCCACGCUCUAGAAUUCGAAGAAAGCCAACGCAUGACCAACACUUCGACCGUGCCUCUCGGAGCUGACCCUCAACCGGUUCCCACGGGCACGCAUGCGAAACAGGUCGCGGUCGGCUCAUUCUUUAGGAUCUUUGGACAUUUGAGAGGUCUCUUCGCUACAAAAGUGUAUCAAUACCUCUUUGUCGUCAUGGCCGUGGCGUAUAUGGCGGAUUUCUGGGCUUUCAACAUUGCAGGCUACUUUUUGCCACUCAUCCUUCGAGCAAAAGGUGUCAACACGUCUCAAUCCAUCGACGACACCUACAGGUCUUACGUGUGGAUCUCUGAUCUCAGUCUCCUAGACCUCCCCGGAGUCACCGCACCUAUCCUCGCAGCUGCUCUCAUGGAAAUUCCGAGACUCGGACGAAAAUGGGCAAUGGUCAUCUCAGCCUUGCUCAUGGGUGUCUCCAUGGCAUUAUAUCAAGUCGUCAAUUCGCUUCCUGCGAAUAUAGGUUUCAACGCCAUGGAAUACUGGUUCCAAUCGCUCUAUAAUGCUCUCCUGUAUGGUUUUACACCUGAAGCUUUCCCCGCUCCAUUCAGAGGAUCAGCAGCGGGUAUGUUGUCGACGUUGGGCAGAAUCGCAGGUAUCAUUGCACCGAUCGCCACGACACACGUCUACCAUGGAUCCUCUUCUCCCGGUGUCUUGUGGCUCGGAGCGGGUGGUGCUUGGGUAUCAGCCAUUGCCAUUGCUCUUCUACCUUACGAGACAAAGGGCAAGCAGACGUAUUAG